AUGGCCCAUUGGGUGCUCGAGAAGAACAUUAUGCCAUUUGGAACAGUGUUGGAUAUGACGAUCUAUAUCGAUGGAUUCCAGACAGUGAAGAGCUCGGAGAGUCGACUACUAUUUGUGCGCUUUGUACGCUACAUGGAGUCAAGAGGCUGGACGGUCAAGUUUGUCAAGACUGAGGCUGAUGUAGCAGCCAUUGCCAAGGACGCUACGCCUCAAGACAUGAUUAUCUCUGCAGACUCCGACAUGCUGGGCUACACGACGAUCCACGCCCUUUGGCGACCAGUGACUGGUGGUCUCAUUCUUGACUCAGACGGUCAUUCACGGGUCAUUGUUGGACGGUACUUGUCGGACAAACGAGUCAUUUCCAAAAACACAACCAGUGAAGACUUUGCCCUUUCGACCAGAGUCUUUGUAGACAUGACGCAGACUAAGACUGGAUUCCAAGCAGAUUCGCAAGUCGUGUACCAGCAAUUACAAAUCUGCUUUAAGGAGCUCUGCAGCCGACAUGAACGCGGCAAGCGGAUCAGGAAGGGGGGGCGGCUGGCUGGGAUGCCCUUGUCCGGUUCUGAGUGCCAAAGUUAUUUAACCGAUAUCGCACUGUGGAAUAUCUUGUACACAUCCCCGAGGACACUGGCGCUCCUACUCAGCAAAUACCCCAAGCCAGCUACGAUGGCACAAGUUCGAUCUCCUCGGAAUCCAAAGACCCAAGCCACCUUGCGUUGGCGUGUACAAAAAUCCCCGUCACCGUCCCCGGCUUUCGUUCAAGCGACGAAAUGGCAACAUGGAUCAUACCCCCUCCCACUCAAGGCGAAGCAGUUGCAGUGGAAGCCCCUAAAAGAGCCUGGCCAGCCCACCAACUACCCCUCCGCUAGCAUAGCAGAAGCCAGAAGGACACCGCGGCUGAGAGGAGGAUGCCCCAUUGCCCGACGAUCCAGCUAG